AUGCCUUCAGGAUACCAAGGAGCAAAGGCUGGAGAACGCGGAAAGGGUGUAAGGUUCUAUUACAACGGAGACGACACCGAACGAAAUAGUGAAGCUAUAGCAGUGGCGGAUACUGGCAAAGACUGUGUCGCCACCGUCAACAGGAUAGCAGCAAAUCAUGGCCGUGAAGGAAGACACAAAAGAGGGUUACUCCUGAAUAAUAUCUAUGCACUGUAUGUCGAGGCACUAUACACAAUUGCCCACAAAGUUGGUAAAGAAGAGUGUGAGAGUCGAGAAAACCUUUAUAAGUAUGUACGAUCCGCCUUUCAAGGAAACACACAGCUGCACAACAUUCUAAUGGAGAAAGCAAAACAGAAUAAGCCACCGGUCGUUCUUUUGAAUGUUCUUCUACUCGAGGCUAAGGAUCUUAUAGCGAAAGACAUAAAUGGAUUCAGCGAUCCCUUCGCAAUGAUGGGAGUGGUUCCAGGAAAGCGACAAGUGAUCGAAGUGAUCGAAUCUAACGAGGAAGAUGUUGCCAAAUCACUACGAAGAUCUGACGGCGGUACUAUUCCGGCAAAGCUUAUUAAGGCGAGUUCUGUUCAAAGGAAAACGUUGAAUCCGCAGUGGAAUGAGAGAUUUCAAUUUAUCGUCGAUGACGUACAAACCGAUCGAUUUCAUAUGGAUAUUUGGGACCAUGAUGACGAAGAGCAAUCGGUUCUGGACGCUGUCUCAUCGCUGAACCAAAUUACAGGAGGACUUAAGGUGGGCUAUAUUCCGUACUACCCUAGCGUGCAAACUUAA